CAUCCAUCUACCCAUCCAUCUACCCACCCAUCUACCCUUCCAUCUGCCCAUCCAUCUACCCAUCCAUCUACCCAUCUAUCUACCCAUCCAUCUACCCAUCCAUCUACCCAUCCAUCUACCCUUCCAUCUACCCUUCCAUCUACCCAUCCAUCUACCCAUCCAUCUACCCAUCCAUCUACCCAUCCAUCUAUCCACUCAUCUACCCUUCCAACCCUUCCAUCUACCCUAUCUACCUAUCCAUCUACCCAUCCAUCUACCCUUCCAUCUACCCAUCCAUCUACCCAUCCAUCUACCCAUUCAUCUACCCAUCCAUCUACCCACCCAUCUAUCCUUCCUUCAACCCAUCCAUCUACCCACCCAUCUACCCACCCAUCUAUCCUUCCAUCUACUCAUCCAUCUACCCAUCCAUCUACCCAUCCAUCUACCCAUCCAUCUACC